CGAAAAAGUCCGUCAGGUGGGCUGUUAAAAGUGUGGGUUUUUUAUGCAAAAGGAGAGAAUGAAGAACAUUCGCGUAACUACCGUAUUAGUCCUUCUAGAAAGAAGGGUUCGACUUCCGGUAGAUUGGAAUCGAUUAACAGGUGACGGAAUCCCUUUUUUAGAAGCCAGAUCAAACCAUGGGGGCUAAUAAAUAUCAAGCGUUCGCGUGAAUAAAAUUCAUAUACUACAAAUCGUCUGGGUUGUAAGACAGUCAAGAACUUCAUCCGGAGUCACCGAAUAUCAAAAGAACAGCGACCGCAGAAAAAAAAUAUGGAAAGCUUCUUGGACCCAAGAGUAGAACAACUUCUAUCCAAGAAAACAGACACGCAGAGAUUACAAGCGAUUGCGUUCUCCAUAGCAUGUUUGUGUACCGGACCAACACCAUUUCAACCUCCUGAUUACUUCCAUAUUCCGAAAAACAGAGGUAUAUAAAUGUCUUGAAACUUUCAAUGUUUUCACUCUUUCCCCGUAAGCGCGAAUCAACGAGAAUUGUUCGAUUUGUCUUAGAUUAUCGCUGAAAAAAGGUUUAUUGACAAAAAUUUUCGCUACAUUUUUCAAAAUUAUAUUGCUGGAAUCGAGUCAGCAUUUUUGUGCCAAAAAAGCGAGAGCAACAAUAUUUGAAGUGCAUUUAGUUGGUGAGUGUCACUGUCGUUGCCAUGAACAUAAAAAAAUACGAAGUUUUUUCCGCGUGACUCAAGGUGUGUGUUUUGAAAUUCUACCCAAAACUCACAGGAUCUCUUGAUUUAAGCGAGUAAGCAGCUUAAUGACACUGUUUUGAGAAAUCCUGAGCAGUACCAAAUUUGGUAUGCAAAUUGGUCUAGUCAUAUCUAUGGCGACAUAUCCCGUGUUCUUCAUGUGAUCUAAUAAUUUGGAAUUCGUGUAUGAUUCCCCGCUUUAUAUAGAUUCUAAAUAUUUAUUUUUCGUUUUCUAUUUUAGCGGAUACACAAGAGGAGAGCGAUGAAGGGGAAAGUGAAGAACUUAAAGAGAGCAAAAGUCUGUGAAAGUGCGACCCUU